AGUUGGUCUAAAGCCUUACCACAUUAGAAUCAGUUAAAAAGCGACGAUACCGGSUUCUUUCUUGGAAAAUGUACACUCUGAUGAAUACUCAAAUACCGAAUARRRCUUGAUCUUUUGGCAGCUGAAUUAACUUGCUGUUCUACAGCUAUAYUAGAAUCAGAUGAUCAUGACUUCUUGGCUUGGCAACUCUUGAUAGCAGCGUKUCAAACUAAAGAUCAUCMCAUUGAGUGGUUAUCCUGUAGUAUUCGAUGCAAGAUGUGGGAUUCAGGUAUCUGUUCCAGUUCCUUGAUUGGUCAUGGACUAUCAGUUGCAUUGCUAUAUGUCGAUCAUUGACAUUGUAGAAAAGUGACCUUUUACAGGUACGCACAUCAAGUUAAAAUUUGAUCAGUUCAAUUUCUUCACUGAUUACUAGUGUAAUAUAUAGCAAAGAUUGUCAGUUCKUCCGACACUAAGCCAAUUAGCAGUUGACAAUAAUUCUUCCCGUACAUACUGAGUUUGGUCUGGCUGUAAAGAAACAUCAUAAAAAAACACCAUCAACUCAGAGAAAAACAGUAAACAUCAACAUGGCGAAUAAUGAUGAAAACAUAAAAUACACGUUACUGAAAAACGAAGAUGAAGAAGAUGAAGAAGAUUCCAAAAUAGAUUCUAWGAGAAGCGAAGAAAAUGGAGUGGAAGAGGCCGAACCAGAAGAACAAUUGACUUCAGACUGUGAGACAUUUUGGAAUAUCUGUAAUACCAUCCAAGGUUUACCAAUUCUUGCAAUCCCAUAYGCUGUUCACAAUGGUGGRUGGGUAGCUCUCUUUGUACUUCUUGUCAUUGCCGCAGCUUCAAACUACACUGCAAUCAUUAUAGUGAGAUGUCUMUAUGACAAGGGAAUGUCAAGCCAACACGAACGAAAAAGAAUCAGGAAUUCUUUCGUGGAAAUCGGGGAGGCUUUCAAUAAACAUUUUGGAGGUCAAAUGGUAUUAAUCACAGAGGUGUUGCAGYUACUGUUCAUAUCUGCUGUUUACCCGCGAAUGGUAGGCAGAUUGCUGGCCAARUCGAUCCCUGUUGGGGAUAUGGCGUGUUGGGUGUGGACGUUGCUAGGAGGAAUUACAUUUAUACCAAAUGUAUUUAUCAAGAAYCUGUCACAAGUAGCAUGGACAAGUAUUAUAACAGUGCUUUCAGCAAAGGUUAUAUUUGUGACUGUCUUUGCAUACAGUGUAAUGCAGUAUCAGAAAUGGGAGCUGGCUUCUCUGGAUAACUUCGAUAUCCACACAUUUCCAGCGGCAUUAGGGAUCCUAGUAGCUAGCUAUCUAUCCCAGCCUUUUGUCCCAGUCAUYGAAGGUAGCAUGCGCAGAAAGGACAGGUUUAAUUUAUUGACAAAUUUAUCGUACGUCACAAUGACAUUGCURAAUGUUGUGAUUGGAUUUGUUGCUUAUAUUUCUUUCCAGCCUAAUAUAGCUGAAGUUAUAACCAACAAUUUGCCAGAAGGGUCAUUCCGAGCUACCAUAAAUAUCAUGGCGGCUUUGCUUGCCUUCACUUCCUAUACGCUUCCAAUGUUCACAAUCUUUGACGUGCUUCACACAGCACAUUUGCCAAUGUUACAAAAUUUCCUCGGCAAAAAGAUCGCAAAUGUAGACGCACUUGCACUAAGGAUAAUUCUUGUUUCAUUGAGUGUUUUUAUGGCUGCGUUGCUCCCUAGGUUUGCUUAUCUUCUAGCCUUUGUUGGAAGCAUCUGUGGUAUAUGUCUGGAGUUUAUUUUCCCUCCGUUAUUUUAUGUUAAAUUGUAUUUACACGAACUAAAAUGGUGGGAAUUGGUGGUCAAUUUCUUGGUCUUAGCAAUCGGGACUUUCUUUUUAUUGUCAGGGAUAUUUUUUUCAGGAAAAUCUUUGUUGUUUAAAGAAGAGGUUUUUAUUAAGCCAUUGAAUGAUACCUUAAGUAUAACGAGUAGAGUGGAAAGAAGAUGUUCAGCUAUCUAGAUGAACAAUGACAUUAUUUUAUCAUUGUAGUACAUCAGCCUUACUCUGAUACUGUUGUUGUAAGUAAGACAAAAAAAAAUGUUUUUUUAUUUUAAAUCAAUUUUGUUAUUUGAACUGCAAAUAUGUAAUUAAGUAAGAAAAUAAUGGUAAUAAAUGGUGAAAUAGUGUAAAAAUCAUUAAA